AUAGCAAUACUAAAAGGAGGAACUAUGAGAAGAGGGCAAUUCUUGGCUACUUUAUUUCUUAUCAUGCUCCAAAGCAUCACAGCUAAAGCAGAAGCACAUCUCAAUGUUAAUGAUACAGUCAUUGCUAGUCCAUCAGGAGCAACAGUAAAUAUACUGCCUGGAGAUAGAGUCUACUUUAACUGCAACUACGCUACAAAUCUCAUUACAUACUUGUACAAAGGAAGUAUCACAGGAGGUGGAAUGCCGAUUUUUGGAGACACAUUUAAUGGAACAGUAUGGACAACACAAGUACUAACUUGCUGUCAUCACAUUAAAGUAUGGAACUGCUCAUUACCUACAAUACUCAAUGUACUACAGCAAGAAAAUAUGACAUCCAAUUGCUCCAGUGCUAUAUCUCCCACUCCUUCUCUCUCUUUAACAAUGAAUUCUCUACUUACUAGCACUGAAAUUGAGGAGUCUAGUAGCUACACAAUAAUGGCCAGUAGCUAUACAGAACCAACUAGUAGUAGUAGCUACACAGGAUUAACUAGUAGCUACACAGAUAUAACAAAUACGGAAUCUAUUAGCUCUACAGAAUCUAUAGAGCCUAUCAGCUAUACAGAAUUAGCUAGUGGCUAUACGGAAUCAGCUAGUUCAGUAGUGACAGUCACUGAAUGCAUUAUGACAUCAACUCCUUUACCAACUCCUACUACAAUAACAAUACUACGGACAGUUUUCACGGAGCCUACAGCUACUAGUGAAACUCAAUAUACUUUUAGCGAAUGUUUUAGUAAUAACAGUGGUAUCAUUGCUCUCACCCUCACUACUUUUGUUAGUAUCAUUUUACUAAUAAUCCUUGGGUCAAUACUAAUGGUGAUAUGCUGCUGUUGUAGGAGCAUAAAUAGAAAGGAACAAACUAGCAGAGGAAAGGCAGGCUAUCAUGAUGAUAAUGAUCAGCUGUAGGUACACAUCGCAUGAAUUUCAUUAGCAAAUAACUUAAUAACUACCAAUAGUUAAUAAACCUGAAUUUAAUAAACUAAUAGUCAAUAAACUAAUUUUAAUUUGAAUACUUCAAUUCAUUAAUGAUAAUAAUAUUAUG